GAACGACGCAAGCCGUGCACAAGUCCAGGCUAUUGCGAGGGCGGUGCACCGAGCUCUGGCCACCGCCUUGCCGGGUGCAGCCGUGGAGGCUUUCGCCACGGCAAACCCGGUGUCUGGAACCGCUUUUGGAGUGGCGGUUCCAGAGGUCGAGGUUGUGGUCACGCUGGAUGCCAAGGUGGCCUCCAGCGAGGGCGGCAAACUCCAAAAGUCGAUGAUCCGCACCUGUACGGAUCGCCUCGUUUCCCAGGGCUCCUUCAAGUUCAGGCGCAGCGCCUUCCGCGGACCAGAGCCGAAGGUGACUCUCAUUGCGCCAGCGGAAGAGGGCAGCAUCCCCUUCAACCUGGCCGUCAACGCCCCGACGCCUGGCCGUGCUGCGCUAAUCUUCGAGGCCGCGAGGCAGCUGAAUCCUUUGGCUGGGAAGCUGAUUCUGCUGGUGCGCCGCUGGGCGAAGGACCGCGGCAUCAGCCAUGCAGCGAAGGGUCACCUGUCUCCCUACUGCUGGAUGCUCUUGGCCAUCUACUACCUGCAAGUGGGCCUGGAUGAGGAAACUGGACCGCUCCUUCCUGCUCUUGGCGGCGUUCCUUCCGGCAAGAUGCCGGCAGCACUUGACUGUUCGGAGAAGAAGCCUGUGAGUGCUGCCCAGUUGUUCCAAGGUUUCAUGAAGUUCUACGCUGGCUUCGGCUGGGGCAAGGAGCUGAUCUCUGUCUGCAAGGGGAAGCGUUCCUGGCCAACUGCGGCGCGCCCAGCGAAUGUGCUCCUCCACGAGGAUGGCAAGACCAAGCAGCCCGGACCCAACAUUGAGGAUCCGUUCGAGACGACGUCGAACUUGGGCACUUGCAU